AUGCGGCCUCGGACGCCUUACACAAAAGAACCGCUACAAUACAAGCGACGUCCUCAAAAGCCUAUUCCUGCUAUUCAUCACUCGCCAUUUCGCAUACACUCCGAAGAUAUUUUCUACGGCCAGCCCGAAGCAAACCCAUUGUUACCACCGCUUCCGCACAUUUUCAGUCAUCUCAAAUCGCUUUUGCGAAAAGUUUACAGAACCAAAUGGAAACGUUCCGACUACUCAAAAUUCCUAUUCCUAUCUGAUAUUACCUAUAAAAUAUGGUAUAGGCUGUUUUUCAUUGUGCCUUCGCUUUUAUUCAAUUCUAAAAAAAUUAGUUACUCCAAACGGUGCUGGACCAAUGAUCUUUAUCGAAGUUUCACUCACAGUAUUUUCAUAAUACAUCUAUUUAUGUUAUUCAACCAAGCUUCCUCAACCUCUUAUAUUACAAAACAGAUGUCACCUCUAUGCAAAACAUUUGGGUUUUUUACACAGCAUAAUGACACAGUUACUGAUCGCUGCUCGGUGUGGUCAGACGAGAUAAUACCUGAAAUAUGUUCAGCCGGCACCCAAUCACGAAUUCGAAUUUUGAAGCAUGUUUUCCUGUUUCCCGAAUUACAACCAUUGUCGUUGUUUGAGAUGUUUUCUGUCGGUUUGAGAAACACCGAUAUGUGGCAGUUGAACUAUGGCGAAAAGGGUAGUGAUUGCAUUUCAGGGAGCAUCAAUCGUUGUACAUCAUGUUUUCGAAGAGUCUCAGGCACUCUUCGUAAGCUUAAUGAAGCCUAUCGGUCUUUCGACACAACUCUUUCGCGUUUCGACUGCCUUCCAGCGGUAGACACAGCUUCUGCAACCAGACCUUUUUCGCCCAAUGCAACUUGUGAUAAUUAUAUGGACAUUGACAGUUGGAGGCACGAGUGUGACUGUAUUCACCCAUGUGAUGUGAGAGGUAUCGUAGGUCCAGGAAUCGCUAUGGGAAAUGCACCAUCUGUUCAACACGAUUUUUUUGCAGCACAAGUCAGUAAAUGUAUUGGAAAAUAUGCGUAA